CUUCUUAGCAUUCAAAUGUACUCCUCAUCACACAAACCAGAAUCCCCCUCCACGGCAGGCUUCAAGGAACUUUUCUUAAUUUCUUCACUUGAUCAUCCGGCCAUUUUUGUGAUAGUGAAGAUGAUGUGGAGAGCCCAGGUGUGUUUGGUGUUGAUGGUUGUUGGUAUGCAAUAUGUGGAAGGAGCACCACAAGUACCAUGUUACUUCGUAUUUGGUGACUCACUGGUGGACAAUGGAAACAACAAUCAGCUUUCUUCUCUGGCUAGAGCUGAUUAUUUGCCUUACGGCAUUGACUAUCCCGAUGGCCCCAGCGGGAGGUUCUCCAACGGUAAAACCACGGUUGAUUUCGUAGCUGAACUUUUGGGGUUCGACUCUAUCAUUGGUCCUUAUGCAAGUGUCAAUGAUGAUGAAAUACUACAAGGGGUGAAUUAUGCGUCAGCAGCAGCUGGAAUUAGAGAGGAAACCGGCCGUCAACUAGGCGGUCGCAUUACGUUUAGUGGGCAAGUGAGGAACUACCAAAACACAGUGUCGCAAGUGGUGAACUUGUUAGGUGAUGACGUCUCAGCUGCACAAUACCUAAGCAAGUGCAUAUACUCAAUUGGGAUGGGCAGCAAUGACUACCUCAACAACUAUUUCAUGCCACUCUACUACAACACCGGCGACCAGUACACGCCUGAUCAAUACGCCGACGACCUUAUUAACCGUUACGCUACCCAACUGAGAAGUUUGUAUGACUACGGAGCAAGAAAGUUUGUGUUGUUUGGAAUAGGGCAGAUUGGGUGCAGCCCAAACCAGUUGGCCCAGAACAGCCCAGAUGGAAGAACAUGUGAUAAGAGAGUUAAUGAUGCUAAUCAGAUAUUCAAUAACAAGCUUAGAUCUCUAGUUGGUCAAUUCAACAAUCAAUUCACUGAUGCCAAAUUCAUCUUCAUCAACUCUUUUGGGAUUAAUCAAGAUUUAUUAUCAAAUCCCGGAGCCUACGGUUUACGGGUGACAAAUGUUGGGUGUUGUGGGGUUGGGAGGAACAAUGGCCAAAUUACAUGUUUACCGGGGCAGUCGCCUUGCCCGAACAGGAAUGAGUAUUUGUUUUGGGAUGCAUUCCACCCGACGGAGGCCGCGAAUGGCAUUAUUGCGAGAAGAGCAUAUGCCGCUCAGUCUGCGUCCGAUGCUUUUCCGUUCGAUAUCCGCCGGUUGGCACAGCUCUGAAGAUGGAGAUGAUGGUGUGCUGGGAUGCUAAAAAAAGUUUUUUUUUUCUAAGUAUUAAUUUCUCUAUUAUUAUUGUGUUGUAAUUCUCACGUGAUAAAGUGUGUGAUCACUUAUUUGGAGUAUAAUCAUUUAAUUUUGCUAGAUUUUUUUUUUAAAUACCACUACGAAAUAUGUUUUACAUUGAAAUCAAUGUUGGACACAUAUAUGCUUAACCCAACCAAUUGACAAUCGAA